UAAUAAUAAUAUCGCAACGUGUGUGCUUGUGCGUGUUUGUGUGUGUAUGUGUGAGGGAGUCAAGAUGCGAUAAACAGCAGCCUGCUGUUGUUGUUUUUAUUGUUGUGUUUGCUAAACAAAUAAGGGAAAAACAAAUACAAAUGCAAAUAUGUACAAGGAGAAACGAAACGGCUUCAAUAAUAAAAAUCAAAAAAAUAAUAUUUCGAAAAUGGAAUGCAAAAUACAAGAAAUGUGAACUAUAAGGUGUACAUUAAAAAAUGUUAAGAAGACGAGUGCUUAGUAAAUUACCAAGGAUCAAAUCAAAAGAUGCUGAUUGAGUGCAUUACGCAUGACAACAUUCCUUGAAUCCAAACAAACAAACAAAUAAACAAACAACAAAAAAAAGAGACCAGGAGACGGAAGAAAAGAGUAAGAAAUACUCUGGCUGCCAGACGAAAAGCUCAGCGUUACAGCACCCAAGCGAGUUAGCAAAAGCAGAAGUAGCAGAAGAGAGUAAAGGAAGAUAUUUAUUAGAUAGCAAAUGAACUACAAUCCGGAGAACGUUGUAGCCGCAGCCGCAGCAGCCAAUCAUCAAUAUCAACAGGAGCAACAUCAUCAUCAUCUUAAUCAUCUUAAUCAUCGUCAGCAGCAGCAGCAACACAUCAUUCCACUGCCCGCCAGUUACACCUCCGGCACAGUGGGUAUAGGAAUUGCAGGUGGAUCAGGAGGUGGUGGUGGUGGCGGUGGCGACAGUUCACCCAAAAACAUGGAAUGGACUAAUGACGAUGCAUUGGAGCUUAUCGAACAGUAUCGAUGCCAUACGGAGCUAUGGAAUCGUGCCGAUCCCAAGUACAAGGAUAAAUUGUGUCGCUUUCGGGCGUGGUCGGAAAUAGCCGAACGCUUCGGUUGCAGCAAGGCGGAGGUGGAGCGCAAAAUGAAUGUCCUGCUCACACAAUAUCGUCGCGAGAAGCAUAAAAUGUUUGUGAAAAUCUAUCAGGGCAUACAGCCCAAUCCGUCCAAGUGGUAUGCCUUCAAACGCUUCGAUUUCAUGGAGGCGGGCGGUGGCAGUCUCAGUGGAUUGCCCGGCAGUGGCAGUGGCAACAUCAGUGCCACUUCAUCGGGCGUUGCUGCCACACAUAACGGUCUCAAUGGCCUUGCCGCUGCAGCGGUCGCUGCGGCUGCGUACGAGAGCAGCACAAUUGCAGCGGCAGCGAACGGUGGCGCCACUGGAUCCAUUGGCCACUGUGCUGCUGCUGGCACAUUGACAACAACUGGAGCAACAACGCCCGCAUCGCAGCACAGACGCAUCAAGACCAAAGAGCUCAAAUAUUUUGGAGCGAUGGGCCUCAAUAUACCCAUGUUGAUAGCGAGUAGCCAAACACUGGACAGCUGGAAUACGGCGGGCCAAUACUCUCCACCGAUUGGUAAUACGGGCGGUGGAGCCAGCGGUAUGCCCAAUUCCCAGCAGCAACAACAACAGUUACGGGUGCCCAUGUCCUAUGGAGGAGGUGGUGGUGUCACGCCUUACACUGGAGGCGGCGGUGGGGGCAGCAGCAGCAGCGAAUUCCAGCCAAGUCCACAUAAAACCAUCGAUACAUCGGACAAUGAGGACAACAACAAUCGAGAUGAGACAACAGCGGCAGCAUUGGGACAACUUGCUGCCAAGGUGGAGAGACGCUCACCGCAUGCCAUCUCCUGUCAAGCGGGCGGAGAUGGAGGGGAAGGCGGUGGAGGAGGAGGAGGAGGAGGAGGAAGAAUGAGCGUUGAGCCUGGAGGGGAAGACGGUGCGGUUGCAGUUGCCGUUGCGGUUGCAUUAAGCGAUGCCGGUUCGAGUCCCAUUCCCAAUACGAACACCAACACCAACAUGCACGAGGCGCACAAGAACCAUCUGUUGCAAACGAGUCCGGCUUCGGCAUCGGCACGUGCCGCAACGCCGCGUCAGGCGCAUGAGCAGCUGCCUCAUGGUCAUGGCCAGACGUUGCAGCAGCAUCAGCAGCAGCAGCAGCAUCAUGGUCAUCAUCAUCAAGCUCAUCAUGCGGAUGAGCUGGAUAUUAAGCAGGAGCUAGUCGACUACUUUCAUCCCUCGUCUGCUGCCGCUGCAGCAGCGCCUCCGCCUCCUCCACUGCUAGACUCGCAUCGUUCCUACAGCUCCGCCGGAGAGGAGAGUCGCCUGCAGCUGGACAUGGCGCAGGAUUUGCGGGUGGCCCAGGCCAAGGCACAGGCACACAAUUAUGCUGGCUUUGUGCUGCCGCCGCGCAGCAGCAGCGCUCAACUUGCCGCCGCCGCUGCCGCAGCUGCCUCCAUGCCACUGAAUAUGCGCAAACUGACGGCUGCCUCAAGUGCCGGACACCUGCUGAUGAACUCGUUGCUCAGUUCCCGCGAGAGUAUGUCGGAUGCGGAUGCGGACGGUGAGGUGGACAACGAUGAGGCAACGGAAUCAGCAGCAAGUCCUGGCCACAUCAAGAGCAGCGUCUCCGCUCAGGAUGCUACAUCGGCGGCGGCAGCGGCGGCUGCCUUCUAUGCGGACAGUCUGAGUCGAGAUGAUUGUGAUUUUGUGGGCUCGAAUGUGUCGAUGAAGCUGCGCACAAUGGAUCGGACGCAGCGCAUCAUUGCCGAGAAGCUGAUCAGCGAGGUGCUCUAUUUUGGCCAGUUCAAUGAACUGGAACGCACCGCUCGGAUACAGCCCAAGUGACACUGGCGCUUGAAGAAGUGGUCGAGAGUGGGUAGAUUAGGCUUAGCAACGGGAAGGGUAACAGAAAUGGGUAUGGGAAUGGGAAUGGGAGUGGGAAUGGGUAUGGGUAUGGGAAAGGCUAUCACAGCAGAGGUAUCCGGCAUGGCAGCGGGCUUAACCUUGGCUUGGCACAUGGCAAAUAGACGCAACGAAAUUCCAUUGUAAAAAAGAAACCACAACAAAAAA